AGAGGUAGGCACUGGCAGGGGGGGGGGGCGCGGUGCAGGCAGGGGCCCUCCGGUACCAUCAAGACGCACACAACUACUGUGGUUCCAGUCAGGUAAGAUAUUUUUGACAAUAAUAAUAGUAAUAAUCAAUGCCAGAAGACUGAUAGGUAAAGUACUUAAUGUGUGGGCAGAGGCAAAGAUAAAUAAACUGAUAUAUAGAUGGGCAGGACUUUUAAAAUAUGCCAACUGCCCGUCUUUAUGAAUUCCCGAGCCUUGAACAACCUGAAACACUGCCCAGGUGUAACUGAAAAUUUCAACUACACCUCUCCCUCCUCUUUGUCUCUUGACUCCUGAUAGCUCCCAUCCCUCUCUGUCUGCUGGUCCUGUCUCCCUCUUUCCAUGUUGCUCUGCCCCUCUCUUUCUGUCUUUUUCCCAGUUACUCAGACUCUCCACCACUCUGUCUUUCUCUGGCUCUGCCCAGCUUCCCUGUCUCUGUCCGUCUAUCUCCCACUGUCUCUCCUGCUCUCUUGUCUAGCCUCCCCCACCUGCCUUCCCACCCACCAUCCAGCACAGAGCUUUGGACUGUUGGUGCUUAAUAAUAGUGUAUUGAGUAACGUUGAUGAAGACAUUUACAUUUUACAAGAGUGAGCAUCAGUUUUGUUUGCCCGGAUCGAAGGAGGGUUGUGAGCUGUCAAGUCAGGCUGAGCAUUUCAUUGAACUUGUGCUUGCAUGGCAUGAAAGACCCUCCUGGGGGGCACUUUGAGUCACUGGCAACCGUGAUUUAGCUCUGUGGUCCUACCCCAGGACUGUGUGUGUGUGUGUGUGUGUGUGUUUGUGUGUGUGUGUGUCCAGAGUCCAUGUCCAGGAACCAAGCAGUCGUUCAGGGCUGGGGCGAGCUCAUCUCUGCAGGCUUAGCAAGUGCUGACUCUUCACUGUUAGUAUUUUUUUUUUUAACCAAGUUAGAACCACUCUCUCUGUUGGUAUUGUUCCUGCUUUAUUCAAAGAAUAGGAGCAUUUUUGUAGAUCACUAAAAAUUGUUCCAACAGACGAUCUUUCAUGGCUGUCAAGACUGUCCUCACAUUGGUAUGAACCAUGAAUUGACCAAGUGCCAAUUAUUAGACGUUCAGGUUAUUUCUAGAUUUUCCCCAGAAUCAUCCCUGAUUAGUUCCUUGGAUUCCUGAAAAUGGAGUUGCCAGGGCAAGACGUAUGUACGUUUUUAAGGUUUCCGACCCUCUCUGCAAAUUGUUCUUCCAAAAGGUUGUUCUGUUUUAUGCUCCUUGUACUCGAGCUAGCCCCUGGGUGGGUAUUAUCAUUUUUAAGUCCUUUCUCAGCAUAACAGGUAAGAAAAAAUAUUACCACAUUGUUGAAAUUUGCAUUCUUUGAUUACUUAUACUGUUGAUCAUUCGUACUUUUUCUUAAGUCAUCUGGUCAUAUCCCUAGUCCUAAUAGAGUGUUCAUCAUUUUUUCUUAUUGAUUUGUCACAGCUUUUUAUUUAGAAAGGAUAUUAACCUUCCAAUAGCCAUACAUAUGUAGCAAAUAUUUUCCCCCAAUUUAUCACUUUUUAUAUUUGUUUAUGGAGUUUUGUGAUGCUAUGAUGUUUUUAUAUAGCCAAAUGGGUUACUCUUUUCUUCUGUGGUUACUGUCUCUGGUUUUGUGCUUAGAAAGUCCUUGAAAAUGAGAUAAAUGUUCGCCUGUGUUGGCUUCUAGUCUCUUUUAUGGCUUCAUUUUUUCCAUUUGCUGUGGAGGUUAAGAGUGUGGGUACUGGAGCCAGACUGUCUGGGACAAACCCAGCCUCACACCAAGUCAUCUGUGUGAUUUUUAGCUAGGCAUUUAACUUGUCUGUACCUUCAUUUCCUCAUAUGUACUGUGAUGAUUCUAGUAGUACCUACCUCAAAGAGUUGUUAUAAGGAUUAAAUAUCUUAACCAUGUUAAGUGCUUAGCAUAGAGUCUGGCAUUCAGUAAACCCAAAGGCAGCAUUAGAUAUUAUCGUUUAUCUCUUUAAUAGAUCUGGAUUUUAUUGCAGGGUCCAUGAUCAUGACAUUUCAAACUGGGCAGAGAGGAAUUGGUGGGAAAAUGGACUGAUUAUUCAUUGAAUAACUUUAUUUUCCCCUUAAUUGUCCCAGAAACACUUGUUAAACAAUAUAUUCUCCCGUCUCCCAGUUUGAAAUGCCACAUUCAUCACAAACUCGAUUCCCUCUAGACAUUGGUCUGUGAUUGAGCUUCCCAUUUUGUUCUGUUCCUCAGUGUCUGUUCUUAUACCUGGGCCAUCCUGAUUUGCUGAUUGUUGCUUUGCAGUACAAUAUAUUCCCUGGCCAUAGGUCCCCAGCAUCUUGCCCUUCCUUAUUCCUUGUUAUUUGAUGCAGCCUCAGUUCCUCCAGCCAAAAACCAGCUAACAGUAACUGUUCUUAUCUGGGGCAUCCCUCUCUGUCUCUGUCUCUGUCUCUGUCUCUGUCUCUCUCUCUCUCUCUCUCUGUCUCUCUCCAUCUCUAUGUGCUGUUGUUUCUGUCUCUUGUCCUUUUUGUUUCUCUCAUUUUCUGUCUCCCUUUUUGUGUGUACUUCUAUGACUUUCUGCUCCUAUGAGUUCCCCUCCCCCAUCUCUGUCACUCUGUCUCUCUUUCUCUCAGCAUCUCACACUCUCUGUUUAUCUCUGUCCCACCUCAUGUUUCUCCCAUCUCUCUGUAUCUCUUGUUCUCUGGGUCUUUCUGUUCCCCUAUGUCUAUCUGUCUGUCUCUUUCUGUUUCUGUCUCUAUGUAUCCCUGUCUCUCAGUCCCCUGGAUAAAGGGGCAGUUGUCAACUUGAUGCCCUGCAGACAGGUGAACAACUCACCCAGACACAAAGUAGAAGGGCCCUGGCCCUCAUCUACUCCAUGCCUCUCCCCACCCAGUGUACAAAGGGGCAAAUUGAGGCCCAGAGAUGGGCAGGAGGGCUUCUCCCAAGGCCUCACAGAGAAGCAGAGGCAAAGUUGAGACCCAAGCUCAGACCAUGGGAUUCUCAGUGAGACCCUGGUUCUGUCUGCCCCCACCAUGGGCCUCAGUUUACUUCUCAGCACCCAUGAGGGGAGGAGGGGGACCUGAGCUGCCUGCCAGCUGCUGCCAUUCCUCCUUCUGCCUUCUCAUGACUUGGGCCCUUACUCAGGCAGGAGGCUCUGUGGCCACAUGGGCCAAUGUAGGGCCCAGCCUCACAAGAGCUAGUCUGGGUGGGGUCCCAUAGUCCCAUGGGUUCAGAGGCCUUUUGGCCAGAGGGUGGUGAUACUGGAGGGACAUAAGUCAGUCAAUGUAUCUGUGUCUAGCUAUGAAUAGAGCUUAGCCAUGUCCCGAGAGUUGACCCUGGCCCCUGGUAACUUCCAUCCUGGAGCCCCUCCAUAGAGCCUGGCAGUGGGCUCUCUACUGGCAAAGGCCGGGGCUUUUCCUGCUCCAUGCCAUGAGGCAGGCCCUAGCUGAAGGCACACUGGCCUCUACCUCCCUGCCUCCUUCCCUAUCCCUCAUGGAAUGGCUAUGAGUGUGGGAACAUCAUCCCAGAAUGAACAGGGAGACUGAGGCCCUGUACGUGUUCAUUUACCGAGCUGACAUUUUGUUAAGCAUUUCAUGUGCAUUAACUUUAGAAGAGGGGUGCUAUUACUGUCCCACUUUACAUAUGAGCCUGAGGAGAGUUAUAGCUAGUUAGUGGCAUAGCCCAGCCCCAGGCUGGGGGAAGGAGAGGAGAUGAUUCUGACCCUCCUGCCUUCACAGAACUUAGGAGGGAGGCUAAGAGGAGACUUGCUACAAUUCCAAGCCUGGUAAGCCAGAGACCCUAUGAAGUAGUGACCUUCCUGUCCUUCAGGGAGUUCUAGUGAGUUUGGACACCAUUGACAUUGGCCUUCCCGUAUUGAGAGGUUGGACCCCUGAACCCCAUAGAGUGGGUUUGAGAUUCUGAGAUCCUUUGAACCUAAGAAAUGAUGUUCUGUGAUUCUGAAGUAUAGUGAUUCUGAGGUUCUGUGAUUCUGGCAUAGUACCAUUUGAAGAUCCCCAGGGUCCCAAUACCUGUAGGCUCUACACGGUACUCCCCAGGCAACAAACCUUGGGCCUCUCCAUGGCCCAAGAAGGGCCAGGUCUACAGGGCCCAGGGCUUGUCAUGGUGGCCAGAUGGACGUCACUCACCACAUCCGCAAGCACCCACAUCACCCCCACCUGGGCCAAGCCAGCUGCAGGAUGGGCCAGCCAAUUCUCGGAACGAAACCCGUGGGGUGGGGUAUCUGCCCCCUUCUCUUCCUCCUUGGUGCCGAUGAAGCCCAGUGCAUCCGGCCGCCAUGACGUCAAUGGCGGAAAAUCUGGGGAAGUGACAACAGGGCCCAGAUGCAGACCCCGAUAUGAAAACACACUCUGUGUCCCAGAAACAUCCUCCAUGCAGCUUCUGAGAAACAGUCAGAAAGGGACGCCCCAACAGACAAUGCAGGAAGCCGGCUGCCCAGCCCGGCCCUCCAGGUUCCCCACCACCAGACAGACCCUAUCUAUGUCCCCUUUCUGAGAAUGUAUUGAUGCUUCCCUGAGUCUGGCCAUUCCAGAUGUGUUUGGGGAGAUUUCUUAUAAGCCCCAGCCAAGUGUCCAGGCAGCUUCAGAAGUGACCACAGGCCAGCGAUGUGGGCCAGGCCAGAGUGGUAGAAACCAUCUAUAAACUGACCAAAAAUCGGUAUUCGUUUACUCAGUUUUCUGUAACAAAUUACCACAAACCAGGGGGCUUAAACAACAGAAAUUUAUUGUCUCACAGUUCUGGAGGCCAGGAGUCCGAGAUCAAGGUGCAGGUAGGGUUGGUUCCUUCUGACGCUGCGAGGGAGAAUCUGUCCAUGCCGCUCUCCUAGCUACUGGUGGAUUCUUGGCAGUCUUUGACAUGCCUUGGCUUCUAGAAGCAUCACCUCAAUCUCUGCCCUCAUGAAUUUGUUCACCUCCUCAUGGUCACUGAGUUCUGAGCCUCCGUAGACCCAGGCUCUUGAUUCUCACUCAGUAAUGUUCUAACCCUGAGAGCCUAAGAAUUUAGUACCUGGUUUCUCACCUCCAAUCUCCCUCUGCACUAGAGCUCUGUCAACCCCUGUGAGCUCACAGUAAAGAAAGGAAGGAGCGACUGUUCCCCUAAACCCUCCUUGUGCUGGCCUAGGCUACUAUCAGCAGCUGUGUGCCUAACCCAGUGCUGCGGGGUGGGGAUUCUCUCUCUCUCUCUCACACACACACACACACACACACAGCCCCACAUCAGGGGCCUUGUGAAAUGUGCACACAUGCACACUUUCUGGAGAAAUAUAUGGAGCUCUCAAGUUGCCAUGGGACUGUGAAACGCUGCACCUGGGUGUCCCCUUCAGUAAAACGGAGGCUGGACUAGGCAGUCCCUUCCAGCUCUGGCUUCCUCUUAGACUGGGAUUCCGAGAAACUGAAGCCCUGCCUGUUGCAGAGUGUAAGGUUCUGGGGCUCAGCAAAGGUACCUGGAGCCAUUAUGGAGGACUUUCUGGAUAGGGUUCAGAUAGGGCAUACAGAGGAAGAGCAGACUUUCCAGGCAGGGCAUAUAGCAUGAGUGCAGGCUUGGACAGCAGAGUUGGGAUAAACUCUGGUGGGGGCUGAGUCAAGAUGCUCCCACAGGCCUUGGCUCAAGAGAGCCGGUCUCUCCUCUCUGGCACCUGCCAUGUCAGCUCCGUUUGGGGCAAGAGCCCAGAGAUGAUCAGACCCCGCCCCUGCCUGGGCCCCAGACUCCUGUACUCAGCUGCCGCUCAGUAUUUCCACUGGCAUGUCUAACACCAGACCCUUUGUGUCUAUCCACACCUGGUGUCCUCACCCCCAACCUUGCUGUCCCCAUUGUCCCUAUCUCAGGUGAUGUCCGCUCUGUCCUUCCAGCUGCUCAGGCAAAUACCUGGAGGUCACCUUGACCCUCCCUUUCUCACCACCCCCUACCACAUCCAAGCUGCCAGCAAAUUCUCCUGACUCCACCUUCAAAACACUCAAAAUCCACCUACUUCUUACCAUCUCCACUGCCACCACCCUGGUCUGUGCCCCAGCUGUCACUUGCUUGGAUUAUCACAGGAGCCUCCUCACCAGUACUCCUGUUUUCACCUUCCUAGAGUCUGUCCCUCUCACAGCAGCCAGAGGGAUCUUGAGUCCAUGCCCCCCUCCACUCUUGUGUAUGCCAGGUCACUGGGAUAAAAUAAUGCCACCAGGAGAGUCAUGGACCAGUCCCAGCAGGAUCAGCAAAGGUCACGUGGCCUGUGCAGAGUGCAGAGAGGCCCAGGUGGCUGAGGCUUGGAGACAAGCCUCAAAUGGUUGGGGAAAAAAGCUGAGACCUGCCCUGGCUGAGGCCCCACAAACCACCCCAAAUCCCCCACCUCCCUUGUGGAGGACAUAUCGCCACCAGGGCUGUGCCAGCAUGCACAGGCAAGCCGAGUGCUGGACCAGUGCACAUCUGCACACGGGGCAUGUGUGGAGACACACACAUACCUGUAUUCCUGACACCAAUGUGUGUGUGGUGUGUGCCACACGUACACGUGACCGGUGCUGGGGUUCAGCUGGGGAGCCUUUGGGGACAUGCCCCAGCCAAUGCCUGCUCUGACCAACGGAGGUGCCCACGUGGUUCAGGUGAUUGAGCAGUUCACACACACACACCCCACAAGGGACAUGUGUAACUCCUUCCCCAUAUGUCCCCACAGCCUGCCCUCGGACGAGGACCCAAUGCCCAACCCCAGGCCAGCCAAGCCCUCGGCCCCUUCCUUGGCACUUGGCCCAUCCCCAGGAGCCUCACCCAGCUGGAGGGCUGGACCCAAGACUUCAGACCCGCUGGGGGCCAAGGGCCCAGGGGCAACCUUCCAGGGCCGGGACCUCCGAGGCGGGACCCAUGCCUCCUCCUCUUUGAACCCCAUGCCACCAUCACAGCUGCAGCUGCCUACAGUGCCCCUAGUCAUGGUGGCACCCUCUGGGACACGGCUGGGCCCCUCGCCCCACUUGCAGGCACUCCUCCAGGACAGGCCACACUUCAUGCACCAGCUCUCAACGGUGGAUACCCACGCUCGGACCCCUGUGCUGCAGGUGCGCCCACUGGACAGCCCAGCUAUGAUCAGCCUCCCACCACCCACUGCUGCCACUGGUGUCUUCUCCCUCAAGGCCCGGCCCGGCCUGCCACCUGGAAUCAACGUGGCCAGCCUGGAAUGGGUGUCCAGGGAGCCAGCACUGCUCUGCACCUUCCCAAGCCCCAGCACACCCCGGAAAGACAGGUCAGUGGACAAGGCUGGAAGGACCCCUGCCCUGGCAUUCCCUCCCCUGAACACCCUCUGUUCCCCCAGCACCCUUUCAACCGUGCCCCAGGGCUCCUAUUCACUGCUGGCAAAUGGUGUCUGCAAGUGGCCUGGAUGUGAGAAGGUCUUCGAGGAGCCAGAGGAUUUCCUCAAGCACUGCCAGGCGGACCAUCUCCUGGAUGAGAAGGGCAGGGCACAGUGUCUCCUCCAGAGGGAAGUGGUGCAGUCUUUGGAACAGCAGCUGGUGCUGGAGAAGGAGAAGCUGGGUGCUAUGCAGGCCCACCUAGCUGGGAAGAUGGCUCUGACCAAAGCUCCAUCCACGGCGUCAUCCGACAAGGGCUCCUGCUGCAUCGUGGCCACUGGCACCCCAGCCGCCACUGGCCCAGCCUGGCCCAGCCCCCAGGAGGCCCCUGACGGCCUGUUUGCUGUGCGGAGGCACCUCUGGGGCAGCCAUGGAAAUAGCACAUUCCCAGAGUUCUUCCACAACAUGGAUUACUUCAAGUUCCACGACAUGCGGCCACCCUUCACCUACGCCACCCUCAUCCGCUGGGCCAUCCUGGAGGCUCCUGAGAAGCAGCGGACCCUCAACGAGAUCUACCACUGGUUCACACGCAUGUUUGCCUUCUUCAGAAACCACCCCGCCACCUGGAAGGUGAGGUCCUUUGGGGUGGCGGUGGCUGGGAGGGCCUCAAAUGCCACCGUGGUGCUGCACCAAGUUCAGGAGUGGGAGGGCCUGAGGCUGGGCUUGCAGGCAUGCUGGAAAGGGGCAGGAGGCCGGUUUUUGGUGAGUAGUGCUGACCUUGGAGGAUGGUUGCCUACCCAUCUCCCCUGCCCCUGGCCUGGCCGGCCUUCCUUCCACAGAAUGCCAUCCGCCACAACCUGAGCCUACACAAAUGCUUUGUGCGGGUGGAGAGUGAGAAGGGGGCCGUGUGGACCGUGGAUGAAUUCGAGUUCCGCAAGAAGAGGAGCCAGAGGCCCAGCAGGUGUUCCAACCCCACACCUGGCCCCUAAUCUCAAGACCAAGGAAAGGAGGAAGGAAGGACAGGGGCCGAAACGGGGGACGGGGUGGGGGUGGUGGAAGUGGCCUGGGGCAGGGGUGGCAGGCCCCAGAUGUGCCCACAGGGACCAAGAAGUGAGGGGUGCACAGUCUUGCCUGCCAGGGACCCUGAUCCUCAGCUGACUACCCUCCUAGAUCAUAUGCUCUGCACCAAGGCUGCUCACAGAGGCCUGGCUUCCUACAAGCUCUUUAGCCAAACUGAGCCUUUGCAACCAACCACACACAUGGCCUGCCUCAGUCACUCUCCCAGAUGACCCUGGGGGCUCAAAAAGACACACAGGCAGUCACAGUCCUGUCCCUCGGAUGCAAUACAAGCACCAAAACACAAAGAGCCUGCCACAGCACACCCAGGCAACCUCAAAUCUGCAAUCACGCAGACGAUCGCACCUGAGCACAGUUCUGUCAGCCCACAUACCCCAAAGCACACACCCACAACCAUCCUCCAGGCCCACAGGUACAGGGCCACACGGGGUGUGCCCAAGCAGCCUUGGUAGCUUCAGGAUCUCAGGACCCAAAGAACCACACAGACACAUACCAGUCACACACAUCCUCCGGCAGCUCCCAACAAAUCCUCUUGGUCACACAGCCCAUCAGAACACACCUGUGCAUCUCACGUGUGUGCACACCCACACAGCGCCACAGUGGAUUUCCUGAGUCCCACAUGGGCUUUCACAGCCACACACACACUGAAUCACCAAAUAUACCCCAUGCCUCUCCUGUCACCCACCCCACCUCCCCCGUUCUGUGCCUUACGUCCCCAUCCAUGCCUCAGCUUAGACUGCAGUCAGAGCCCCUCAUUUAUUCAGGAUCCAAGGCCCUAACCCCAAUAAACUGUAGCCAAAUUCCCA